AUGUCCCGCCCGGACUCGUGGCUCGGUGAGGUCCAGUGGCUGGCCCUGGUGUCGCUCUUCGUCGUGGCCUUGGGCACGGUGGGCCUGUACCUGGCGCAGUGGGCGCUGGCCGGAGCGCGAGCCCGGCCCGCGCGGCGCGCGGCGCAGCCGGGCGGGGAGGACCGGCGCCCGGAGCCGGAGCCGGAGCCGGACGUGCUGCUCUCCUGGAUCCUGAGGCUGCACAGCUGGCGGAGCCAGUGGCAGGCCGCCUGGGUGGCCGCCCUCAACCAGGAGGCCCGGCGCAGAGGGGGCCCGCUGUCCCUGGCCUUCGACGAGGACCCGCAGCAGCCGCCCCUGGAGCUGGCGGUGCAGCAAGUGUCCAGCACGGCCAGGUCGGCCCAGGAGAAGGUGGUGUCUUGUCGCGUGGUGGGCAAGGCCAUCCAGUUCCUGGUCACCUCGGGGCCCGCCGCGGCCGAGGACGCCGGGCGCCAGCAGUACGGCGUGCGGCUCGCCCCGCUGCACUUACAGCUGGAGCUCCGCAUGAAAGAGGAGAGAGAGGACAUUCCGGUCCGGUGGUCCUUCCUCAGCGUGCCAGAGAUGGCCAUCACCCUCCAGCCCCGAGCGCCGGGGGAGGACCGGGCCGGGGAGGUGAAGGCGAUCUGUGAGACCCUCAAGGACAUUCUGAAGCACCUGGUGAGCUCCGCCUCCCCGUCCGUGGUGCUGAGCUCCAGGCCCGUGGACGUGCGGGAAGCCCAGAAUCUCCAGCACACCACAGCCGCCCCCCAGGACCCCUGCCCCCCCAAACCUCCACGGGCCCACGACCUCAAGUUACUGGUGAAGAACAUCCGGGCCUCGCUGCUCAACGCCCCUGGUGCUCCAGGCCCCGCCAACCUCCACUGCCACGUGCAGCUGAACGACCCCGCCCAGAAGCUCGCCAGCGCCCUCCCGAGACACACUACGGACCUCACCUGGGAAGAAGAAUUCACCUUCGAGUUGAACGCCAAGUCGAAGGAGUUGAGCCUGCAGAUCUCGGAGGACAGGCCGUCCGCAGAAGCCCCGCUGGCCACGGCCACCGUCCCUCUGGAUCUGUUCAGGAAGCAGCCUUCCGGGCCGCAGAGCUUCGUGCUGUCCCGCGGGCCCUCGGUGGACGGCGCGGCCCUGGGCUCGGUCACCGCUGAGUUCUGUUACGUGGAACCCGCAGAGGCCAAGUCCUGGCACACGCCCCCGCCGGUGCCCGCCGCCAAGGUGGAGAAGGACCGCACGGUGAUGCCCUGCGGGACCGUGGUCACCACCGUCACCGCCGUGAAGAGCAAGCCGCGCCUGGACGCCGGGAGGGCGUCCCCGCUGAGCUCGGAGUCUCCGCUGCGGACGCCCGUCAAGGUGCGGGUGAUCGAGAAGGACAUCUCCGUCCAGGCCAUCUCCUGCCACAGCCCUCCCGUCAGCAAAACCCUGUCUUCUUCUGACACAGAACUGCUGGUGCUGAACGGCUCGGACCCCGUGGCCGAGGUCGCCAUCCGGCAGCUCAGCGAGUCCUCGAAGCUGAAGCUGAAGUCGCCGCGGAAGCGGAGCACCAUCAUCAUAUCAGGGAUCUCCAAGACCUCUCUCUCUCAGGACAGUGACGCCGCCCUGAUGCUGGACUACGCGGCCUCCAUGGACAGCAGCUGCCGGGAGGACACCCCGUCCCCGCCGGGGGCAGCCCUGGCCUCUGCCCCACCCGCGGAGGAGGCAGAGGUGGAGGAGGAGGAGGAGGAGGAGGAGGAGGCAGCGGCCUCGGCCCAGGCCGCACUGGCCCCCGAGCCCCAGGACGGGGAGCUGGCCUCCUGGGAGGAGUCGAAGGCCGAGGCGUGGGACGGCCACGCCCCGCGGGACCCCGAGGGGGAUGAGCUGUCGGAGAGUUCCCUGAGCGUCUGGGAGCCAGGGGCCCCCAAAAAGCACAAAGGAGGCCUCCUGCGGAGAGGCGCGAAGCUGUUCUUCCGCCGGCGGCAGCAGCACAAGGAGCCCGGCCUGAGCCAGUCCCACAACGACCUGGUGCUCCUGCAGCCGCCCGAGGGGCCCCGGCGGCGCGGGGCCACGCUCUCCCGGAUCCUCCACCGGAAGCUGCUGUCCCGGCACAGGAGCAAGGUGGCCGUGAACGGCGCCCCCAGCGACCCCGGCCUGUAG